AUGGCGGGAGACGACCCGGGUCCCACCGAGGACCCCCCUGAUCCAAAUCGAAGUAGGCUCCCUCUGUUUAUGCAAAACAAAACAUACGAUGGCAUAACACGAUUUCUUCAGUUGCGUAUGAAAAGUGUCGAUGGUGUCGAUAAACGACCCCCGCUACCCCAGAAUCCUUUCCUCAUAGGAAAUUCCGUCGAACGAGUGGUUGGAUCUUCUAACUUGAAGCAUGUAGAAGCAAUCAAAGAGAGUCAAGGUGCGCAGUACAUUUUGAGGACAUCUUCGCCAGAAGUCGCUGAAAAAUUAUUAUCAAUGACCACUUUACUGGAUAAGACCGAGAUUGAAGUCGUGCUACAUCCCACAUUGAAUUUUGUCCAGGGUGUUGUUUACCAACCUGACUGUAUCGAUUUUAAGGAGGAAGACAUUCUGAAUGAAAUCAAAUCAGACGGUGUAACGGCUGUGCGUAGAAUUAUGAAACGAGACGAAAAGAAGAAUCUUAAAAACACACCACUACUUGUAUUGACUCUGUGUUCCACUGUUUUACCAGAAUACGUUCGUUUUGGUCUGCUACGCGUUCCAGUUCGCCCUUAUUAUCCGUCUCCAAUGAUCUGUCGAGGCUGUGGAUCUUAUGGGCAUACUCAUAAGAGAUGUGACAGCACGACUUGCCCUGUUUGCUUUCGAGAUCACCCGACUACCGAAGGACAAAUCUGCAGCAACAAAAAGUAUUGUAAACAUUGCAAUCAGGAAGGUCACUCUCCGACGAGUCGUGACUGUCCCUCCUUCCAGAAGGAAGAAGCAGUGAUCCGCCUGAAGGUCAACAAACGAAUCACUUUUCAGGAAGCUCGUGCCGAAAUAAACCAAACCUGGAACAAGCCAACAUACUCAAGUCAAGUUCAACAACGCAUCACGCAAGUCAAUGAUGGUCCCGACGAAAAAGAUAAAAUCAUUUCCUUACUACGAGACGAGCUCGCCAAACUACGACAGGAGCUAAGAGAAAUGAGACAAAAAGAUGACCAAGAGCCUAAGCAACCGUCGCAAAAACCGAAACCACGCGUGUCUCGUAAAGAUUCUAUGGAUGCACCGAGCAGCCAACAACUUGAACAAGCAAAAACAAGAAAAGCUACACCGAAUUCAUCGGCAGGAACAGAAACAUCGGUUGAGUGGAGAAAUUUCACUCACAAUACAAGGAGUGUGAGCAGGAAACGGAACCUAAACCUUACCCAAAACGACAUAUCGCCAUCCAACUCAAAGAACGGACCGAAACGGAUAAACCAAAACUCUCAGCGUUCGCAGCAGGAAGAGAAUCCUGACGUGAACAUGUUUUCUGACGAUGAUGAUGGACAACAACAAUGA